AUGGCAUCCUAUCUGGAGAAGAUGCGCCGACAGUCAAAGCAGCUGUUCCCUCAAAACAAACAGAAACCCGGCGCACCACCUAUCGAAGACCCCCCCAAAAUCUCAGAAUCUGCCAUACCCAAAGUAGAGGACGCCGCUGUUCCCAAGAUCGAAGAACCCGCCGCCGGACCAAGUGGCCCCGUACCCUCCCCACCAGCACCAGCUGUCGCUGAUGCCAGCGAAGAAGUAGGCAGCGACCCCGUCCUAGACGCCGAAGACCAAAGAUUUCUUGAGCGACUUGCCGCCAUCGCUUCGGAGCCCGAGGGCACUCCCCCGCCCCUCCCUCAGCGUACCGAAGUUGUCGAUGGCAAUGGCGAGAAAAAGGUCGGCAGAGAUGCACAGACGGCGCUCCUAGAUAAUGCAGACAAAGUGCCACUUCCCAUGAGCCCGCCUGCGACGACUGCUGACACUAGCGAAAAGGGCAAAGGGAAGGUUGCGGAGGGUGGGCUAGGCAGAAAAAAGAGUGUCAUGUCCUACUUCCAGCUUCCCAAGUUUAACAAGAAAGAUGGAGAAAAGGCAUCAAAGGACAAGAAAAUAGUGGUCACGGACAAGGACAGAUCUCAAUUCGCAGACGACCUCCUCGCUGCCGCCGAAUCCGCCAAGGCUGCCGAGCUGACCGAUGCGCAGAAACAGGACAAGGAAUUGACUGAUAUACUGGAUCAACUCAAUCUCUCAGCUGUCAACAAUCGUGUCUUCAGCUUUAGCAAGGAGUCGGAAGAGCUCCUCAACAAGUUUACCCAAGUUCUCAAAGAUCUCAUCAACGGAGUACCAACCGCCUAUAACGACCUCGAGAAGCUCUUUACAGACUACGACAAUCAACUCAAGAAGAUGUACGGCAACCUUCCUCCUUUCCUACAGAACCUGGUCAAGAGCUUGCCGGCCAAGCUCACGGCAACUCUCGGUCCAGAGCUCAUGGCUGCAUCGGCGGAGAAGCCCGGCUUCGAUGCACAGGCAGCUUCCGGAUCCAGCCAGCCCAAAAGCAAGAGAUCUAUGCUUCCGAAAGUACCGAGUUUGAAGUCGCUAGUGUCUGCGCAAGGUGCCGUCGCGACGGCGCUGAGAAGUAUUGUGAACUUCCUAAAGUUCAGGUUUCCUGCUCUGGCAACUGGAACUAACGUCAUCAUGAGUUUGGCAGUCUUCGUACUGCUAUUCGUGUUCUGGUACUGCCACAAGCGUGGUCGCGAGACUCGUCUCGAGAAGGAGCGUCUCGCCGCUGAAGAAGGACAAGCCGGGCGUAUUAGCAGCGCUUCAUCCACCAACGAGGACACCGACUCCAUCUUUGGUGAUCAGUCAAAGGCCAAGACAAGGGAUGGCGGGAAGAUAACGCCUGCUUCUCCACCGCAAGAGCCACUCAUCAUAAGAGAUAGCAAAGAGAAGGGAGAGCAAUCUGCAGCGGUGGCUGAUCUUCCUAGUGUGUCGCAUCUUCCCGAUCCAACGUCGGGACAGGUUCCUAAGACGGCCACCCCACCUCCUGACCACAAGUAG